AGCUGGGGCUCAAUGUGGGACCACAGGGUGCUCAGACCAUCAUGUGCUCUCAGUGGGGUAAACCAGGCAAUGCAGGUGUGUUCCAGGAUGGAGACGUGAUUAUUGGCGGAUUAUUCAAUCUUAAUUACAAAAAUCCAGCUCUAGACCAUGACUUCACUCGAUUGCCAUACUACAAACCGUGCACUGGGUUAGAAUAUGCUCCACUGCAGUACAUGUAUGCCAUGGUCUUUGCACUGGAGGAAAUCAACCACAGUAAAACGCUGCUGCCAGGUGUGAAGCUGGGCUACCAUAUGUACGAUUGCUGUGGCCAAUCACCAUGGGCUCCCCAGGAUCAGACAAUUCCUCUUAUCAUCGGCGGUGCAUCUUCUGUAACAGCUGAGAUCCUCUCCAGAAUCCUGGGGCCUCUCUCCAUACCGUUAAUUACUUACCUGGCAACCUGCCCCUGUCUGAGUGACAGGCUCCAGUAUCCCAACAUCUUCAGGACCAUCCCCAGUGAUAUUUACCAAGCACGAGCCAUUGCAAAGUUGGUCAGACGCUACAAAUGGACCUGGAUCGGGGCAGUGAUAGCAAACAAUAACUAUGGUCUCAAGGCAAUAAAGAUAUUUCAAGAAGAGACUGAGGGGUCAGAAGUGUGUCUGGCAUUUACAGAGACUGUCAACAUGGAAACUUCUGUGAGAGAUUCUAGGUGGGCUGCGCUGAGAAUCCAAGCCUCAACAGUAGUAGUUAUUCUGAUCUUUGCCUGGUAUACAGAUGUGAGAGAACUGUUUCUGCAGCUAGAAGACAUAAAUGUAACUGACCGUCAGUUUAUAGCCAGUGAGGCUUGGAGCACCAGUGGUGAUCUUCUCCAAGAUCUUGUCACUAGAAAAGUGGCAAGAGGUGUUGUUGGCGUUGCCAUUAGAAACUCAACUAUAGCUGGAUUUGAAACCUUUCUCAGAAGCUUAAACCCAGUUCAUCGUCCUUUUGAUGGGUUUUUAAGAGAAUUCUGGGAAACUGAGUUUAAUGGAAAAGAGACACUCGAAGGACUGAAGAAUCUCUUGACUGAUGUGUCUCAGCUCAGAGUUUCGUAUAAUGUCUAUCUUGCUGUUUAUGCUGCAGCUCAAGCUCUUCACAGCCUUCUCUCCUGCCCCAACAGAGACAGAAACUCCACCUGCUCUUCUCCAAAAAGCAUCAAACCUAAAGAGCUGCUGCAGCACUUGAACAAAGUAAACUUCACCACACCACAAGGAGAAAACUUCUAUUUUCAAGGUGCUGAUAUUCCAGCAAAGUACGACCUGGUCAACUGGCAGACGACUCCUGAGGGAACGCAGAAACUAGUUCUGAUUGGUCGGGUGGACGGGUUUGAAAUCCACCUAAACGAGUCAGCAAUUCAGUGGAGCACAGGAACCAACCAGGCACCUACUUCAGUGUGUACAGAGAGCUGCUCCCCAGGAACAAGAAAAUCUAUUAGGAAAGGUGAACCAGUCUGCUGCUUCGACUGUAUCCCAUGUGCUGAAGGAGAAUUUAGUAAUGAAACGGAUUCUCUUCAGUGUGAGAGUUGUCCAUUAGAGUUCUGGUCCAACACUAACAGAACUGCCUGUGUUCCACGUCAGCUGGACUUCCUCUCUUUUAAUGAUACUCUGGGCAUCACGCUGACUACAGCAGCUUUAUUUGGAGCCACAGUGACAACAGUUGUGUUUGUGGUAUUUCUUUGUAACCGUCAAACACCUGUGGUCAGAGCCAACAACUCAGAACUGAGCUUCCUGCUUCUUGUGUCGUUGAAGCUGUGCUUCCUGUGCUCCCUGGUUUUCAUUGGUCGUCCAUCAGUCUGGUCUUGUCGCUUCCAGCAGGCGGCUUUUGGAAUCAGUUUUGUACUUUGCGUUUCCUGCCUCCAAAUUAAAACCAUGGUGGUUCUAGCAGCUUUCCGCUCAGCUCGACCUGGUGCUGAAGCCUUGAUGAAGUGGUUUGGUCCAUCCCAACAGAGAGGAUGCGUCUGCUUCCUGACAUGUGUACAGAUUAUCAUCUGUACUGUUUGGCUGUCCCUCAGUCCUCCUGAGCCCAAACAUGAUCUGGGCUUCCAAGGGUCAAAGGUCACCCUGCAGUGUGCCAUGGCCUCUUUGGUGGGCUUCUCUCUGGUCCUGGGCUACAUCGGCCUUCUGGCCUGCACUUGUCUCCUCUUGGCCUUUCCUGCUCGGAAGCUCCCAGACAACUUCAAUGAGGCCAAGCUGAUCACCUUCAGCAUGCUGAUCUUCUGUGCUGUCUGGGUGGCCUUUGUUCCCGCUUAUGUUAGUUCUCCUGGCAAAUACUCAGUGGCUGUGGAGACUUUUGCAAUCUUGGCUUCUAGCUAUGGUUUACUGCUCUGUAUGUUUGCUCCAAAGUGUUUCAUUAUUCUUUUAAGACCUGAGCAAAACACAAGGAGACAUGUGAUGGGUAGGUCAGUCUGAUAAUAAUAAUCAUCUCUGUUCAUUGAGCUUAAUCAUGUAUUUAUUUAUCUUUAUGUUUAUGUCUUAAUGUUACAUUCAAUUCAAUUACUGGCCGAUUUUGUUGGUACAUAUGUGAAAGAAUUCUUUGCUGCACUGGUAUUAAAGUAAUA